GGACCAGGAACCGAUGGCCAUCCUUUCAUCCAGCCCCAAACAAAGCCACAGCCACAUUGCUCUUCACAUCCUCUCUGAAGAUAGGGAAGGGCCUCACUCAAAGAUACCAUCUCAGAUUCUUACCAGCAUCAAGGACCUACGAAGGAGUCUCCUGUCACCAUGUUGCCAGUCACCGGCACGCAGGAAGUCGUAACAUCGACAGCCUCACCUCCCAGCCGGUCCUUUCCCUCCACCCAGGACCGGCCCACCACUGCAGGCCAAGCUUUGAGCUCAGGCUCAAAGGUCUCAAAGUCCUCAGCCGUCCCACCCCCCGUGAAGUCCAAGGGCCUGAAUUCUGGAGCCCUUGUACGUCAGAUGCGCAGGAUCAUCGCCGAGGAUGCUGAGUGGUCCCUGGCCACCGUGCCCCUGCUCACAGAGCUCUGCAUUCAGCACAUUGUCAAGAACUUCAAGAACAACCCUCUCCUGAAGAAGCUGCUCCCACAACACCAGCAGAAGGUACUGAAGCUUCUGUCCCCUGACCUGCCCCUGGCUGUGACUGCCAACCUGAUCGAUGAUGAGAGCUACUGGCACCGCUGCUGUGUGCUGCGCUGGCCUGUGUGCCACUUGGACUCCCACGGCAGCUGGAAACGCGUGUUCUUCGAGCGGCACCUGGAGAAUCUGAUAAAGCACUUCAUCCCGGGCACCACGGACCCCGCCGUGAUCCUCGACUUGCUGCCACUCUGCAGAACCUAUGUGCGGAGGAUCCGUGUGGACCAGUUCCUUCCCCCGGUGCAGCUACCAUCUCGGCCACACAGUGCGGGGGACCAAUCCGACUCCGGCAGCGAGGGAGAGAUGGACGAGCCCACCAUGGACCACUACCAACUGGGUGACCUGGUGGCCGGCCUGAACCAGCUGGAGGAGCUGGACCUGGUGUAUGGUGUCAAGGACUGCGGCAUGAACUUCGAGUGGAACCUGUUUCUCUUCACCCACCGUGACUGCCACUCCUUGGCAGCUACCAUUAAGGCAUGCCACACCCUCAAGAUCUUUCGGCUGACCCGAAGCAAGGUGGACGACGACAAGGCACGCAUCCUAAUUCGAAGCCUGCUGGACCACCCAGCCCUUGAGGAGCUGGACCUGUCACACAACCUCAUUGGGGACCGUGGCGCCCGUGCCGCCGCCAAGCUGCUGAGCCACAGCCACCUGCGUGUGCUCAGCCUGGCCAACAACCAGGUGCGUGCGCCUGGUGCCCAGUCUCUGGCUCACGCUCUGGCACACAACACCAACCUCCUUUCUCUCAACCUUCGCCUCAACUGCAUUGAGGAUGAGGGCGGCCAGGCACUCGCCCACGCCUUGCAGACCAACAAGUGCCUCACCACGCUGCACCUCGGGGGCAACGAGCUUUCUGAGCCUACAGCCACUCUCAUCUCCCAGGUGCUCUCUGUCAACACCACGCUCAUCAACAUCAACCUGUCCUGCAAUCACAUAGGACCGGACGGCGGGAAGCAGCUCCUGGAAGGCAUGUCGGACAACAGGACCCUCCUGCAGUUUGACUUGCGCCUGUCAGACAUAACCCAGGAGAGUGAGUACCUCAUUGGCCAGGCCCUCUGUGCCAACCGCGAAGAAGCCCGCCAGCGGACCCUGAAUCCCAGCCACUUCCUGUCACCACUCACUGCCAAGGGCCCUGAGAACCCUGCCAGCUAAGAGAGGGGACAGGGCUGGGGCAGGGCUGGGGUAGUGAGGGGGCCUGGGUCACGGCCCCACCACCACCCCUCGUUGCCUGCUUCCCCCUUCCCGCGGCAGAGUGUCACACUGACCCCUCGGGAGGGAGAGGGGGACUGUGAAGAUCCUUGGAGUGUAAUCAAGGGUCGUGUGCAUAAAGGUGUGAGGAAGGCAGGGGGCCUAGGACAGGGGAGAAAGGGCAUAAAGUGGGAACCAGCCCCCUAGCCAGGUAGAACGUAUUACCCCCUAAAACAAAUGAUUUCUUCCAGGUAUAGGGAGAGGCAGAGAGAACUCGGAAGGGCUGCCUGCCCAGACUCUCCCACAGGGCCACCCAUGUCCCUGACCCCCAUCACCACCAUUUCCUCUUUACUGAACAGAUCCCUGACCUCCUUCGAACAGACACAUACAUACACACAUUCAUUCAUUCAUUCUCCCUGCCCUGGUCCUGCUACAGCAGAACUGUGCCCGGCUCUUCUACCCUCAGCCCCGCAGAUGCUGCCUCCCUAUUACUUGACUCUGCUUGAGUAACCCAGUUCUACAAGCCAUGGCAUCGCCCAAUCCUUCCCCACAACCUGGGGAGGGGAAAACA